AUGCACUCUUUAAAAUUCUUCCGCAGCCUCUGCACCCUCUUUGUUAUCCUGAUCGGCGCCCAUCUAACAUCCGCCUCUCCCGUGGGCACUGCCAGCGGCUUUGGUGUCGCGCGUCGGGCCGGAGGCAGCUGGUGCUGGCCCUUCUGUAACCCCUUUAACCGCGGCGCGCCUAAUAACCCGAACCGUUUCAACUUCCGCGCCCCUCCCUCGACAGUCACCGGGCGUUACUAUGACACCCCAGACACCCAGGUCACUGUCUUUGUCCGAACCGACACCACGGGUGCCGUGGAGGUGACUGCGUCAAUCGGCACACGCUACAACCUGCCGACGCAUGCUGAAAUCAACGUCCGCCUACAGGUCCGCGGCGGCACGAACAUCGAUUUCAAUCACGCCAACCUGGCACUCGGUAGCGAGACGGCCGUUGCAAGAAUCUCUGCUGAUCAGGCGGCGGGUCUUAGGAGAGGGGAGGGGGCCGACGAUGGGUCUUUUGGUAUCACGCUACUGUAUAGGCUAGACCAGGACCUGUGA